AUGGCAGGACAGCCUCGCUACACGGCAAUGGACGUGCCAUACCUCCUUGAGCGCGAUACUACAGCCAACGACACAGUACGAGUUUGUAUGCCACAGCGUCGGCCUGCGCGUGAACAUGAUCGCUACGAAGACGACGAAGAAAUGACACCCCCUCGUUACGGACAAUCUCGUCGCGGAAAAAACCUCAGACAUGUUGGCCGUGGGCUUGCAAGUCAGGAUCGAGACAUCUAUCCGCCCCUGGAGCAGCAGUACAACGACCUGGGACCAGCCGAACACGGUCGGCGCGGACGUCGGUACCCUAGCCCACCCCCAUACGAUGCGGCUGAUGAGGAGCUGGAAUUUGAUCGACGUGGACGUCGCCGAAACCGCGGUCCAAUCUCAUACGAUGAAGCUGAUGGCGGGUUUAUCUUCGACGAUGAGCUACACGGCGAUUCUCGUAGGCACCGAUUGAGGAGCGAUCGGCUGCCCUCUCCCGCUCGCGACAUCGGGAUGGGCCACUUUGAUCAAUGGCCCUACCUUGACACGAACCUCAAUCUACGAAGCCUUCAUGCUCCACGUGGGCUUCGUGGGAGCCGUGACAUGGACGUAGAUUAUUUGAGUGGCCUUCGGCCUCAAGUGAGACGCGGCAUGGAGCCCCGUCUGAAUAACUACGACAGUUUUCCGGACAACUACGACAAUUAUUUCGACAUGGGGUGGCGCUUGGAUCGUCGUGACUUGGGUAGAGCAGGACGUUAUCGCACAGAAUACUGCUUCCAGGACGAUUUCGAUGACGAUCAUCUUCAGGACAGCAUCUACGAAGCACGUCGUCAUCUUAGAAAUCGUCUCAGAGGAUACCACCCCUCAGAUCUCACUAUCCGAUCCGUGUUUGAUGAUUAUAGAGACGAGUUCACUGGAGAAAUACGAGCUCCAACAGCUGCAGAGAUAAUUCAUCGAGCAUUCCUUAUCGAAAUGCAUCAUGAACUCGAUGCUGGGGAUCGAGAGCGGGAGCGGCAGGAGGCUGAAGAUUUCGAAGUCCACGAUAUUGGACGUGACCUACCAGAUAGACGUGGCCGAAUGCCUCGUGUCGCUGGACCCCGCCCAGCAGAUAUCUGGGAUGGCGAUGUGGAGUUUCAUCGUGUGUGGCGUGGUGAUCCAAGUCAACCUCAUCAAGCUGGGAAUCGUCAAAGUCCACCACAAGACCAACGCGCCAAUGACAAUGUUGACAGAUCCCGAGGCCGUAACCAGCAGGCGCCUCCUUCUUACGACUCCGUGACCCCUGCGCAAGUCGCAGCUCGUGUACAGGCCGAGCUAGCCAACGAUGCAAAUCACCCAGCUGUCGCAGCUGCCGUGGCCUACGCUACUGCCGAAGGCGUCGCCGAAGAGGUUCCUCGCGAUCAACAACACGCCCCGGCCCCCGUUGCUCACGCGAAGAUUAGAGAUGCCCCUCGUGAUGGCGCUGGAGCAUUCAACAAUCCGAACAAUCUUGGCGCAGCCCCUCGAGAAACUUCCAUCGACAGGGCGCGCCCGUCUCCAGCUGAAGUGGGCGACCAUGGUCGUUGCCCUGAUAGCUCCGACAGCGGCGCUGACACUCCCGAUGACGGCUCUGAGACUUCCCGUGCCGGUGAUGACAACUCAGAAGGUGGUGCUUUUCUUCAGAGCGCCAUUCACAUUACGCUGUGA